GAUAUAGUAAAUGCAGGGUCCUGGGAGAGCGGAUAUAGUGAAUGCGGGUCCGGGGAGAGCGGAUAUAGUGAAUGCGGGGUCCAGGGAGAGCGGAUAUAGUGAAUGCGGGGUCUGGGGAGAGCGGAUAUAGUGAAUGCGGGGUCUGGGGAGAGCGGAUAUAGUGAAUGCGGGGUCUGGGCAAAAAGAAAAAAAUAAACUCUCCAAAUGCUGAAAAUGACACAAGAAUGAUUUCAGGACCAUGGGGAG